UGGAUCUGCAAGCUGUUAAUGGCAGCCACAACAUACUUCCAUACGUGUCCCUUUUACUGGAUGUUUGUGGAGGGGCUUUACUUAUUCACUAUUGUGGUGUGGGCUUUCUCGACUCAGAAGCUGCGUCUGUGGUACUACUUGGUCAUCGGCUGGGUGGUGCCAUUUGUAGUCACCGCAAUAUGGGCAGCCAUUAAGGACAACUUUGAAAACGCACAGUGUUGGCUUCAUACUGGCUAUCACGUUGAUUAUAUAGUUCACGCACCGGUUCUCGCCCUUCUGACGAGUAAUGUGUUUUUUAUGGUAACCAUCAUCUGGGUUCUGGUGACCAAAAUGAAGGCUUCCAAUUCUCUGGAGACUCGACAGACGAGGAAAGCAGUCAAGGCAACUGUGGUACUAGUUCCUCUCCUAGGAUUGACCUAUGUGAUGUUCCUCAGAUCACCGUUUGAUGACGAAACCGUCAACAUUCUGUUCCAACACGCUAACGCCGUAUUACAGUCGUCCCAGGGUCUUUUUGUUGCAAUAUUUUACUGUUUUCUUAACGGAGAGGUCAGGUCAGUUCUUCGACAGAAGUUGAAUUCCCUUCAAGACAGUCGCAGCCUGAGCAGAUACACAAAAACCACCAUCUAUGGCAGUCCCCGUCGGUCAAGUAGCUACACUGCCAACGGAAAUGGGAAAAUUGGCGUCUUUAAAGGAGGAACACUGAUGAAAAUAACUCACGUAGGAGAGCUAGAGACUGAGGCCUCGGUGAUGAUGAUGGACAAGAUUGAACACACAGUCGAAGUUUCAGCAGCAUGA